UACUUACUUCUGCGGCCAGAUGUCGUCGUCGCGAUGGCAAUUGGAUCAACAAUAUGCAGACCUCAUGAAAAACCACCCUUUUGGCAUCGCCCUCUACAGACCUCCUCCACAGAGCGCAUUCAAGCCUGGUGUUUGUGGCUACUUUGAUGGCUUUGGGGAGUGGAAUUCUAUUGCGCAGCUGGACGACCCAGACUCCUUGAAUUCGAUGGGACUUUCUCCAGUGCGGGAGGAGUUGCAGAAAGCAUCUAGAGAAAACAUAAAAUGGGGGCCGAAAACCGCAGAAUUUGUGAAAGUCAAGAAGAUCAGUUUGUCUGCUGGAAUUGACUCGGCCCUUGCAACAGCACUCCCAGUUAAUCUCUCAGCAGCCUAUGCGUAUUCAACCGAAACAGCCAAUGGUGCUGUCCUCCUUACCGCUCCCCCAGUCGUGCACGAAAGAUAUUACUUUGAAUCACACUUCAAGAAGUGGGUCAAAGAAAACGCGAAAAUCCUCAUGCAAAAGCGACCUGAGGUAAAAGAUUACGGAUUUUGGAUCGUAACGUCCACGUUCGCGACAAAAUUGUGUGAGAUCAACAUGUGGAAGACAGGUGGGAAGGGUGUCAAGGUUGGAUUUGCGGCCAAAGCGGUGGGGAUUGGCGAAGCCGGACCCAGUGGAGAGUGGAAACAUAACGGAAAAGAAGACGGAUGGAAUGGAUUCGGGAACUUGGAGGGAGACGAGCAAUUCGUCGUGUUCUUUGGAGGACUAAAAUUUCAAUUUUCUUGGUUCAUUGGCGAGAGCCUCAAACCCGCAACUGGAAGCAGUUCAAGGAUACUCAGAGGCGUGGAACCGGAAUCAGAUUCAGGCAUAGAGCCUGAAGUCAUCACGACAAUACCGGCCCCAGAGGAAGAAACGGUAGGGGAUCCUGCCUUUUACUUGGUUGAUUGUGAGGAAUACCUAGAAAAAGUUGAUUUUGGACAAAACAUUCAGGCGGCGGAUGAAUGGAUGAACGCAUAUGACAAUUCAAAGAUCGACACUCUCGGAUAG